AUGCGCUCCCUACAAGGACCCGUUGAGGACCUCGCCUCAACCGCUCUCGAGAACAAGAUAGCCGAGCAGCCGGCCCUGAACAACGGCCAUGCCAACGGCCACGCCAAUGGCCACACCAACGGGACCACCACCACCACCACCCUCCAACCGCUCGAUGCCUCCAAGCUCACCAUCCGGCGCGCCGACCCCACCGCCCGCGAGGUUCCGGACGAGGACACCGCCUGCUCCGGUAACGAAACCAUCUGCACCGACCACAUGAUCACCGUCACCUGGGACGCCUCGUCAGGGUGGUCCGCGCCCGAGCUCAAGCCCUACGGGCCCCUCAGCCUCAUGCCGACGGCCUCGGUGCUGCACUACGCGACCGAAUGCUUCGAAGGGCUGAAAGCGUACCGGGGCUACGACGGCAAGCUGCGGCUUUUCCGGCCCGACUGCAACGCGCGGCGGAUGCUCAUGUCGACGCUGCGCAUCUCUCUCCCCGGGUUCGACCCGGCCGAGCUGGAGAAGCUCAUCAUGGCCCUCGUGGCCGUCGACGGCACAAAGUGGCUUCCCAAGUCCCGGCCCGGCAGCUACCUGUACCUACGCCCCGCCGUCAUCGGCACCCAGCCCCAGCUGGGCGUGCAGGCGCCCAAGGAGGCCCUGCUCUUCAUCACGGCCAGCUUCAUGCCCCGCAUGGACACACCUCCUGGGGGCAUGAAGCUGCACACCAACCCGGAGGACAUGGUCCGCGCCUGGGUGGGCGGUUUCGGCUACGCCAAAGUCGGCGCCAAUUACGGGCCCAGCCUGCUCGCCACGGUGGAGGCCCGCGAGCGAGGAUUCACCCAGAUUCUGUGGCUUUACGGCCCCGAGGGGUACUGCACCGAGGCCGGGGCGAGUAACUUCUUUGUCGUUUGGCGGAGCAAGGAGGGCAGGCUGGAGCUGGUGACGGCGCCGUUGGAUGACAAGCUCAUCCUGGACGGCGUGACUAGGCGGAGCGUGGUGGAGCUGGCCAGGGAGAGGCUGGCGGGCGAGCUCGAGGUGGUGGAAAGGAGGUACACGAUUGACGAGGUGCUCGAGGCGGAUAGAGAGGGGAGGUUGGUGGAGGCUUUUGCGGCCGGUACAGCGUUCUUCAUCUGCCCGGUCUCGCAGAUCCGACAUCGUGACACCGACGUGCACAUCCCUAUGGGUAAGGGCGAGAUUGGCCAGUACACGGCCAAGAUCAAGGGUUGGAUAUCAGACAUCAUGUACGGCAACGAGCAGCACCCUUGGGGCGUCGUUGUUGACGAGCAGUAA